AUGUGCUGGAAGGAACCGGUGGUGAUCGUGUUGUGUUGCUUGGCGUUGGUGGUGCCCAUCCGGUGUGACGAGUUCGAGGAGGUGUUUCGGUGGAAAUUGCUCGAUUUUAAUAACCUUACCGAUGCUGAAGAAGGUGCACCGGGAAUUUUCUUCCCGGAGGAGGUGGACGAACCCACGACCAACGGUCUGAACGAGAGUUUCACGCGCUACCACAAUCUGCCAAUGGGAGUGACCCACCAUAAGGGCCGGCUGUUCGUGACCAUACCGCGGCGCCGCACGGGCAUACCCUCGACGCUGAACGUCAUUGUGCUGGACCAGGUUCCGGCCGGUGAGAAGUCGCCUCGGUUGACGGCCUAUCCGGAUUUGAUCACGAACAAGCUGCGGAAAUCGUAUGAACCCGACCCGAAGCGAUUGGUGUCUGUCUAUCGAACCCGUGUCGAUCGCUGCGAUCGCUUGUGGUUCGUCGAUACGGGCUUUCUAGAGUACCCAGGCCACCGCAAGCAGGUACAGCGGCCCGCUCUGUGGAUCAUCGACCUGCUGCAGGAUCGUAAGGUGCGCCAGUUCGAGAUACCGGAGUCCAUCGUGGCCGAGGGGCACGGUAUGGCGAGUGUCACCGUCGACUCGUCCGCCGACGAUUGUGAGGCUGCGUUCGCGUACAUCCCCGAUCUUGCCUUCUAUCGGCUGUACGUGUAUAGCUUCAAGGAGAACCGCAUGUGGAAGUUCCAGCACGAGUUUCUAUCGUUCGAUCCGCGCAUGACCGGAUUCGGGGUAGCCGGCGUGCGGUUCCGCUGGAAUGAUGGCAUAUUCUCGGUGGCGCUGGGCCCGCUGGCAGGGGCUAACGCUGCCGAUGGGCGGAAAGUCUUCUUCCACGCGAUGGCCAGUACCUCCGAGUACCAGACGACCACACCGGUACUCCAGAACGAAACGCUGGCCAAGGUCGGUGGCUAUGAUCAUCUGUUUACGCACCUUGGCGAACGAGGAUUAAAGACACAGUGCACAAUUCACCAGUACGACCCCGCGACGGGCGUGCUCUUCUACGCCGAGGUCAACCGUAAUUCGAUCGGCUGCUGGAACUCGGCCCAACGGUUCGAUCCGGAGAACCAUGGUAUCGUCCAUCUCGACAAUCGAAACUUCAUCUAUCCGUCCGAUAUGACGCUCGACAGUGACGGUGAACUGUGGGUGAUGACGAACACACUGCCGCGGUAUGCGUACGCGAAGCUCGACAUCGAGGACUAUAAUUUCCGCAUCUGGCGGCAGCAACCGGCUAAAGCGAUCGCGGGAACCAUCUGCGCACCGGGUGCAUAAGACGCUCUCUCUACCCCCUUUUGCACUUGUUAGUGUCAGAAGGUGAUUAAAGUUCAUUUGCAAACUUUUCUGUACGACGGGUUUUGGUGCGUGUGUAUGUGUGUGUGUGUGUUUAUGAAAUCGAUGUAAUUAAUGUAAUGGGGUAGCCCCGGUCAUCGAUUCGAGUGAUUGAAGAUCGCGGAUUAUGAUAGAUGCACUCUCAGUCGCGAUCAAAUCGCCAAGGAUUCAAGUAAUCCACUGCACUUGCCCAUAGGUACCUGUAAAUUGCAACAACCGCUUUGAACAGUUUCCCAACUUUUUUGUACGAGU